CCUCCACUGUAAUAACUGAACCUCUCCCUCUACGUAAUUCUACGUGAACUUCGGCAGGAGAAAGUUUUUGGGCGAAAACGUAGCCCUGUCUGUGUGGAAUGGAUGUAUGUUAAUCGGCCUUUGGAAGAAAAUAACUUGACAUUUUGGCUUGAUAAAUGGAUUUUAACAAAGCUUUGUGGCGCUGUAGAAUUGUAUAGCCCAUUGAAGUGCUGAAACGUUGGUUCCAACUUUCGUUUUGAACUUGUGGCGUUCUGUUUUAUUUUUCUCGGACCAAAAGAGACAUUGGGGGAGAACCGUAUUUACCGGUGACAGUUUUCAAGGGAAAGGGAAAACUAGCGGAUUUUAUGCUAAAGAAAGCAGAAAUUCCCCAGGAGAAAUGAGAGUGUGAUUUUGACCUUUGUGUAUGUUGAGCAAUACUUUUUAAGGCAUUUGUUAACCUCUUAAACGUUACAAAUAAGUGUAAGAAGAACAUUGGAAAGUGUAUUGGUUUUGUAAAGAGUCAUAGUUUCUGAUCAUUCACCAAACACUUUGAAAAACAUUAUGGCGAAGAAGUACGACUUCCUUUUCAAAUUAUUACUCAUCGGAGAUAGUGGAGUGGGGAAAACAUGUCUGAUUAUUCGAUUUGCUGAGGACAACUUCAACUCAACCUACAUAUCAACUAUCGGCAUCGACUUUAAAGUAAAGACCAUAGACGUGGAGGGAAAGAAAGUCAAACUGCAAGUCUGGGACACAGCAGGGCAGGAGAGGUUUAAGACCAUCACUACAGCCUACUACAGAGGAGCUAUGGGCAUCAUCCUGGUGUAUGACAUCACAGACGAGAAGUCCUACGAGAACAUUCAGAACUGGAUGAAGAGCAUCAAGGAGAAUGCAUCAGCGGGGGUCAGCCGGAUGUUGCUAGCUAACAAGUGUGACAUUGAGGCCAAGAGGAAGGUAUCCAAGGAAACGGGGGAAAAGCUGGCAAAGGAUCAUGGGAUCAGAUUCUUUGAGACCAGUGCAAAGGCCAGCAUCAAUGUUGAUGAGUCUUUUAUGGCUUUGGCUCGAGAUAUUCUACUGAAGUCCAGCAAGAAGCCGGGCUCCACAGGUCGCGAGGUCAAAAUCACCAACGCUGAGAAGAAAUCCUCCAAAUGUCUCCUACUGUAGAGGCAGAGCUGGCCUGUCCUGGCUGACUCCUCGUUACCUGAGGGAACUAUCACAUAUAGGAACAAUAUUAUUGCAAAGGAAAGGGUUUCAAAGGCGCAAUCCACAAGUUCUCUGUCCCCUGUGGCAACAAGAUCAAUUUCAAACACUAUUGACUUGAGAAAAUAUAUAAAUGUUUUCAUUUACUACCCCCUCCCCUUUAAAACAUGCUAACUACAUUUUUUUUUACCAGAAAGCGUAACUUAUGGAUUGCACUUUUAAUGACCAUGUAACUAUGUUGAGGUGGUCCAAGGGCAUUUUACAGAGGAAUAUCCAGUGGUUUGUUUAAAUAAUAGGAUGAACACCACCUUGAUUUCACCCAAAACAUGUUUUGUAUCAACUGUCUUCAAUCUCCUGCAAUGGCUUUGUUGUCAUGGUGACUGACUGAUUGACAGCCAUGGUAUGUUUACACUCCACCAGAGCCAUACAGAGUUAAGGAAAAUAUCUUCCAUGUUGGCUCUGCAUGUUCCAUGAGACAACAUUCCAAUAUGAAUUCCUUCUACAAUGAUCUGUUGAAUUAGAUGUUUUGGAACCAACAUGGUGGUCGCUCAAAUUCUAAAUCCCAAACCGAGUUUGCUGAACUCUGUAAUCCCAUGGCUCUGGACUUCACACUGUAGGGAAGUGGUGCACAGCUCCUUAAUGGAACAAGAGUCUGCUGUGUUUCAUCUGAUCUCUCUAUUUCAGAGGAAUUAUUUUUCCUUGAUUAACCAGGAACAUUAACAAGUGACCUUUCAGUGAAACUGCCAAUCACAUUCUUGCUUUUUGAUUGAACAGUUGAUGUAACAGUAGAUUGUCUCGAGAGUGUAACUAGAGGACCUGAGUUGUGCACCGCUGCCAUAGAAUCACUUUUCAGUGUCACAGCCAAAGAAUUUGAAUUAGGACAACACGCAGACAUUCCUUUCCAUUUGUUUUAUUUCUAUGGUCAUAGCAGCUCAGAGCUGUUUAGGCAGAGCACAGGGGGCAUUCUAGAGAGUGACGGGAGUUUAGAUCUAUAUGCUGUAACUAUGGUGAUGGAACAUUAUGCUCUUAAAGGGAUAGUUCACCCUGAAUUGUAAUUUUGCCUGUGUUUUCCACACUACGUAAAGAUGAGUGAUCUGGGUUGUGCCUGUUGUAAACUAUUCUUCUACUACAUAAAGUGUGGUGCACCCCUGGAGGUAAUCACUGAUGUACUACUGGAUAGAUUUGCAAAUAUAUCUCUCCAUAUAUCAUAUACUGUACUGUGAUUGGACAAGACUUCCACCUCGAUACUCUCACCAUUCCAAACGUGUCAGAUCAGUGAUUACUCUGAAGGAAGGAAUGAUGUCGCUUCCCAUGCCAGACACUAUAUAAUAAUUACUGUGCCAGCAAGCUUCUCUGUCUAUGGGUUCAUUUCAAUACUCUAAAGUGUCUUCUGGGAAGAAGACGAGGGGAAGAAGCUACACCAGACUGUUGAUGAUGCACCCUGUGUGUUUUUACUCUGAUAUCUCACUGUCCCCUCCUUCACCUUUCCUCUUUUCCGUCACACACCUUUUCACCCUAUCCACCAUUCCUUGUCUGAUCAAUUAUCUUAUGACCAAUGUAUUCCAUUUUACAUACGCGCUGCUUAGCCUAUUCAAUAAAAGACUGUCAAAAAGAA